CCUCUCCUGUGUGGGAGACUUGCAGAAGGCCAGGCCCACUCCAGAGCUGUGAGUGUCCCCCUCCACUGUCCCAGCAGGAUGCAGCAGGACCUGUGUGUCCUCAGCAGCGUGGCUUCCUCAGCACAAAGCCCUUAGCACGGGUGCUUGCAGAGAAGUGGGUGCACUUGGGUGGAUUUGAGCAGUCUCCUGCGUUUGUGGCUGUGCUUGGAGUGCAAAACCCUUCCGAGGGUGAUGGAGCACUGCUUAUGGCUUGGCGUCUUGUCUCUUCUUGUGUAGUCUUGUGUGUGUGGACAAGAAUGUGGCUUCUCCCAAACUCUAUGUCCUGGAGCCAUGGAUUGCUGACCUCUUGGUGAACUACGAGCAAGUGGAUGAGCGUGAGAAUUUCCUGGCUGGGCAGGUGGUGCGGGUCUUGAGUGACUCGAGUGCAGCUGGCCAGCCUGGGCUGCUCCAGGACGCUGUGGUGCAGGUCUCUGAUGGAUCCUGCUACAUCCGUGUGGUCAUUACAGCCGAGGCUCUGCAGGCAGAGGAAAAGUGGGUUCCACCAUGGCUUGGCGUGGCUGGGACAGCAGUUCUGCACAGCUGCUGGGAGCACCUGGGGCUCCUGCCUGCUCUUGUCUCAGGAGGACUGCGAGUUUUACCUCACGGCCCAGCAGUUCAUCGUGCUGCCCAUGCAGAGGCAGAGGAUGGAAUCACCUGAUGGGAACCAGAACCCCUCUGUGAUGAAGAAGAUAAAGGAGCUCUGGCUGAGGAAUCUUGCUGUGAGGAACGCUCCCAGCUCAGAGCCCUCUGUCUCUCAGCUGAUUGAUGCCAUAGGACAGAACCAGCUGGAGAUUUUGAAGGAACAUGCUGAGGAAUGCUUGGAUUUAUGGAAAUCAAAGGAGAAGCCAGUGACAGUGGAGGAUGAGGUUCCCAUCACCCAGUGGGAGGCAGAGCGCAAGAAGGAGCAGGGUGAGGAUGUUUUCAUGGUCCCAGUCAGUGCCCUGGUGAUCCCUCCUGAGGAGGAGGCAGUGGUUUGUGAUUCUUCUGAGGCAGUGUCUGCAGGGUACACAGAUACAAGCCAAGCAGCUCCUGGAAAGAGUAGUGAUGACAGGACAGUGCCAGGAGACCCAAGUGUUGUAUCUCAAAUCAGCUCCUGUCUCCAUAGCAGCAGUGCUCCAGCCCUUGGAUCAUCCUCAUGGCAUCCUAUGAACGCUCCAGAUCCCAUCCAGCCUUUAGUUUCCUCUACAGUUGGCUCAGCCCAUCUCCCUGGAUUGAGUGGAGGAGGUGCUGCAUCACCAACCUCGUCAGAUAGCCUGGAGGGAUCCCUGGACAACCCCUGGAAUGGGAUGCCCUCGUUGUCUUUGACCCCGAGCUCUUCAGAUGAGAAGACCUUUCAAUCUGACCCUCCCCUGAAGACCCAGAAAGAUGUGGCUGCUGACAGCAACACCACUGACCUACUGGAAGUGUGCAGCCAGAGCUCUGCUGAGGGCUCACCCCGGGGAGAGCCAGCACAGACCUCCUCUCCCUCCCUGCUCCGCUGCUACAGCCAUCCCAGUCUGGUGGAGAUCAGCACCAGUGAGGCAGCAUCAGCUGCAGAGGCAGCCUGGGAUGCUCUGUGUGCUGAUCAAAGCCUGCAGAGAUGCAGGGGCUCUCAGCCCACCCUGCCCACUCUUUCUCCAGCUUUCCCAGUCUUGCCCAGCAGCAGCUUGCAAUCGCCGCCUGGCAGGAUUCCUCACAGGGAGCAGGCCUGCUCCAGUGGCACAGCUUCCUCUGCAGAGGCGUUGAAGCCUGGACUGGCUCACACCAGGACAAAGGGAGGAGAGACUGUGGUUGCCAAGAGGAAGCUGGUGGAGGAAGAUGAGCAGGCCUGCAGUGAGCAGCAGCAUCUCCCAGGCACCUCGAAGCACAGGGGGAGAGGCACACGCAAGGGAUCGGUGCUCGGGAGCCCACAGGGUGCAAAGAAGAGCAGAAAGGAGACAGGGCUGCAAAAUAGAAAGGAGCUUGAGGAGGAAGAGGAGGAGGAGGAGGAAAUGGAGGAGGAGGAAGAGCAAGCAUCCCCUGCAGGAGCUGGGCCCAGCUCCAGGCCAGAGCAGUGCAGUGCUCGGGAGUCGUUCAUGGAGAGACCACCCCAGUACCAGUACGAGGCACCGAGCCCCGAGCUCUGCCAGCAGGUACAAUCUAUCAGGAUAUCAAAGGCAAUGCUGAUGUGGGCAUGCUGGAUGCUGACUGAGGAGGAGGAGGAGGAGGACGAGGACUCCUGAGCCCAGCCCAUC